CGGGAGUGUGAGUGCGUAUGUGUGUGCGAGGGUGUGCCGCGUGUAUGCUGAGUUCAGAGUUGGUGCGAGUGCGCGAGGGUGGAUGUUUGGCUGUGUUACGAGUAGGGCACGAGAGGGAAAGGGGAAGACGAGCUUGACGACCGGAGGGUUUGAAUCUGCAACCUGACGGAAAGCGGUGUGCGGGUUUAUUGAAGAGACUUGGAAGAGUUCAUCUGCUUUGCUUUGUGUUCUGGUAGACUGGCUGAGAGCUAGGGGGAUAAGCGAAGAGUUGCAGGAAGGAAACGGAGGAAGGGUUCGUCUUCUUGGGGGCUGAUGAGCAGAAGCGCGGUCCGGACUGAUUCGAUGCUCUUCUUGAUUCGUGCUGGAACGAUUGGCUGAUUGAUUGGUUCAUUCACUCGUCAGACUUAUGAAGGGUAAUCGGUUGUCUAGUGGAAUCGUCCACGUCCUCAAUCUAGUCGAGAAACUGCUGGACCGCCUGUGCUGAAUCUCGUGUUUUCUUCUCCACAUUCGCCCUUCUGUCUCUCUCUCUCUCUCUCUCUCUCUCUCUCUCUCUCUCUCUCUCUUGGCAAUUCCACCCAAUCAUCUUGCCCGUAUUUGUACACCCUUUCCAACCUCGAACGUGCAUCUGUUUUCGCUUGUUUCCUCAGUCGCCCGCUUCGCUCGUUCACGUCCAUCUUUGCGCGCGCUUCGGGCAGUCGUCCAUCCUCCCCGCCCGUUACCCUCUUGUGCUCCUACGCGCGCGCUUUCCUCCUGCUUUCUUCACGCGGUAGUCCUCGCUUUUCCUCACGCCUUCUGCGCCACAUUGCGGUUACUCCUGGUAUUACCGAUUUCUAUUCGUGUCCAAUUUCUUCUUCAUCAAUCUCGUUGGUCCAUUCCAAUUCCCCGUAGUCCUACGACGACGCAUGUCGAGUCCGGGACGUUGGCAGGGGGGGGAGACACCACUAUAGCAAUUCGGCGGCAAAAAGGGUGGGGAAAGAAGGGGGAGGAAGCUCUUCUUUUUUCUCCCUCUUCCUCCUCCUCCUCCUCCUGCUGUUCUGUUGAAUUGCCGACUGAGAGCUAUCUACAUCGAUGACGUGCCGAAAGUUGUGUGCCUUCUGUUGUUCCUUCUCCUGCAAUGCAUCGUCGCUUUCGUUGUUGCUGUUUUUAAUCCCAACCGUUGCAGAUAUCUGUCUCAGCUAGCAACACUUGUCAUGCAGGCGAAGGGCCGUCUUCCGCCUUCUACGGGAGGAGCAGCUUGUUCUAUAUAUAACGUAUAGUGCAUGAUGAUGCAAUAACGAGCCGCCUUCAUCCCCACGCUCUUUCCCGCUUAAAGUGGGAUGCAUUGAUUUGCCGUCGAGUACUGUUAGGCAUUGUAACGGACUUCUGUAGUGCAUCACUUAAUGACUAUUCCGACGGUGACGACAGCUAAGAAGAGCAUGGUGAGUGGUGGACUGGAUCGCUAAGCAGCCGAUCGAAGAAUCGCAGCAACGAAUCAAUCUAUCAAUCAGUCUCCGCUGCUGAUCAAAGAAGCAAUUUGUGCCGGAUUGAAUCGAUGGGUUGAGGCAAUAUUUGGAUUGGAAGGCAGGAGGUUGCAGGUCUUGAUUGUCUGAUUGAAGGUCUGCGGAGGCGGGAGGUGAGCGAGGAUACUAAGUAGAGAAAACGUUGCAGGAGCGGUCACGACAGAUUUGGUUGGUCGAUUGUUCGUCCUGGGUCCGAAGCGUGGUUAAGCACAGCUGGAAGGAAAAGAGAGAGAGAGAGAGAGAGGGACAGAGAGAAGGGAUAUGGCAAUAAUCGACUCGCUAGCGGGGGGAGGUGGCACGCCGAGUAAGUCGCGAAACGUUACACACACCGUCAAUGGAUCGCAUCAAUUCACUAUAAACGGCUACUCGUUGGCAAAGGGGAUGGGAGUGGGCAAGUACAUACCUAGUGACACGUUCGAGGUUGGGGGGUACAAAUGGGCUAUCUAUUUUUAUCCCGACGGGAAGAAUGUGGAGGACAAUUCGCAGUACGUGUCCGUUUUCAUUGCGUUGGCCAGCGACGGGAACGAUGUGCGCGCUCUCUUCGAAUUGACUCUGCUUGACCAGAGCGGCAAAGGCAAACACAAAGUACACAGCCAUUUCGACCGUCCGAUGGACGCCGGGCCUUACACGUUGAAGUAUAGGGGAAGCAUGUGGGGUUACAAGCGGUUUCUCCGGCGCGCAGUGCUCGAGUCUUCCGAUUACAUCAAGAACGACACCUUGAACAUCACUUGUACGGUUGGCGUUGUUGUCUCGUCGAUGCAGCCUCAGUGUCCGAAGCCGUUCACCGUCGACGUCCCUGAAUCUCAGCUCGGCGUGCACUUCGGCGCGCUUCUAGAAAGCGGCGAGGCCGCCGACGUCACCUUCGACGUCGACGGCGAGUUGAUUCACGCCCACAAACUCGUUCUCGCCGCUCGCUCUCCCGUCUUCAAAGCGCAGCUGUACGGCCCGUUGCGGGAAACUGGCAAGCUCCGCAUUGUCGAUGUUCAGCCUCCUGUCUUUCGCGCUCUCUUGCAUUUCAUCUACACGGAUCAAUUUCCCGAUCAGACGGAGGUUGUUACGUCGUCGGGCGCUUCGGCAUCGGUCAUCCUGGCGCAGCAUUUGCUAGCGGCGGCGGACAUGUACGGGCUCGAUCGUCUCCGUCUGAUGUGCGAGAGCAAGUUGUGCGAGGAGGUGCACAUGGAUACGGUGGCCACGACUCUGGCGCUCGCGGAACAACACCACGCGCCGCAGUUGAAGGCGCGAUGUCUCAAAUACGUGGCAGCGAACCUCAAAGCGGUGAUGCAAUCGGAUGGCUUCAAGCACUUGAGAGAAAGCUGCCCUUCGCUACAGGAAGAGUUACUCCGGACGCUCGCCGGAGUCGACGACCUGACAACCAGCACGUCUUCGUCGCGGGGCCGCACGAUCUACCAUCCGCAGACGGACGGCACGGACGCCAAUGGGCGCAGGGUCAAGCCCCGCUUAUAGCUAUUCCAGUCAGUCGGUUUCUUCACGUCUUCGUCGUCUCUCUUGUCGUCUAUACGCCGCGGCUAUUGUUUUCUCUCGUCGGUGCUUCGUAAUUGGCCACAAUGAGCAUCACGAUAUGUUGUAAAGAUUGUGUGUGUGUGAUGAUUGUCUCCAUGAUGAAUGAUGGCGAGUUGGUUGACGAUGAGAAUGAUGAUGACGAUGCUGAUGAUUUGUACGCUAUCCCAGCUGGCAAUCCCGUGCACGGACAACGGUCACACCUGUGUGUUUCCCUCGUUGCGAUCGUGUUUGUGUGCGUCUGUGUGUAAGUGAGAAGGAGAGAGGGAGAGGAUUAGAGAGCGACAGAGCGUGGGUGUCUGUGUGUGUAUGCGUGUGGUGGUGACGAAGUGAACGGAAGGAGGUGGGUGGGACAUGUAUAUAGUUUUCAAAACUGUCGAAAGUCGGAAAAGGAUGGAGAGGAAAGUCCGAUGAUCUGUUGACGUUACAUCAUCAGUUGAUGUUUUUUACCCCCUUACGAAAUUCAAGUGACGAAUGACUUGUGCGUGCGGACCAGAAAGUGGAUUUCUUUGAACGGUGCAAAUGCUGCAAGUGUGUAGAUGUCGGCGGUGGUUUGGUACAGAGCGUAGGUAUGAUUUCAGACUUGCACAAUUUCACACUCUCUCUCUCCCCGCCUUCUCCUCCCCCCCCCCCCCCCCCCCCCCCUGUCCCCUCCCGUUCGUUCUCUUUUUCGCCGCCUUCUGCAGUUGACUUCCCCUUCCUCUGCUUUUCCUUGCGUCCUUGUGGCAUAUAUCGCUCUGCAGCUGCGCUGUCUGUAAUUUUUUCUUGCUCAUUGUUCACAGAUGACAAUAAUCAACGUGGCGGCGAAUGAGGGGGGUGGGGGGUGGUUGGGUGCCCGUUGCUGAUGACGAGAGGGUGUUCGUUCGCGUUUUUGUUAUUGUUACGCCACAAUGUAAGGAUUUUCCUAAUUGGGAGGGAUAUAUACAUGUGCUUUUCUGCAUUUCGUCCUCUUGCAAGGUAGGUUUUCAAGCCAAUCAUUUGCGCGGUCUUGUCAAGGGAGCGAUUUGUUUAGCAAGUUUCUUUCUUUCGCUUUGUGGAUUAACUCGAGUCGAGGAGAAGGUGAUGCAUUUCGUCGCUUGGCAACUUGGUAUAUCACAAUCACAUUUUUCUAUCUUGCGAGCAAGCUCUUCUCCUUCUUCGGAAUUUAGAAAAUGUAUUUUUGUGAGCAAAUCUUCGCCCGCACCCGUGUUACCAGUAUGUCAUUUCUUAUUGGCACAAAUUGCUCCGCUUUUGGACCGUGGAUGUGUGCUGAUUUGUUCCUUCGUAAUUUUAGGGCCUGACUGCAGCAACUCUUCUUCAAUCCAUUUGCAGUGGGGAGAGAGAGAGAGAGAGAGAGAGAGAGAGAGAGAGCAGCAAAGAGAAGGAGAUGGAUUGGCGUGCUUGAUUGCUUGUCUUUUUCUUCGAGCUCGUUGCUACGCUGCC